CUCCAGCUGCAGAGCUUCAGUUUGUCUUUUUUUUAAACUAAAAUGGAGGCUGGUUUCUUGCCCUAGGAGUACACUGGCUUCCCCGCAGGAGUCUAGAUGUUGACAUGUAAUAAGGCGGGCAGCGGGAUGGUGGUGGAUGCGGCCAGCUCCAAUGGGCCUUUCCAGCCCGUGGCCCUUCUCCACAUUCGAGAUGUUCCUCCUGCGGAUCAAGAGAAGCUUUUUACCCAGAAGUUACGUCAGUGUUGUGUCCUCUUCGACUUUGUUUCCGACCCACUGAGUGACCUCAAGUGGAAGGAAGUAAAACGAGCUGCUCUAAGUGAAAUGGUAGAAUACAUCACCCACAAUCGGAAUGUGAUCACAGAGCCCAUUUACCCAGAAGUAGUCCAUAUGUUUGCAGUUAACAUGUUUCGAACCUUGCCACCUUCCUCCAAUCCUACGGGAGCCGAAUUUGACCCAGAGGAAGACGAACCAACGUUAGAAGCAGCCUGGCCGCAUUUGCAGCUUGUUUAUGAAUUUUUCUUAAGAUUUUUAGAGUCUCCAGAUUUCCAGCCUAAUAUAGCGAAGAAAUAUAUUGAUCAGAAGUUUGUAUUGCAGCUUUUAGAGCUCUUUGACAGCGAGGAUCCUCGGGAGAGAGAUUUUCUAAAAACCACCCUUCACAGAAUCUAUGGAAAGUUCUUAGGCCUGAGAGCGUACAUCAGGAAACAGAUAAAUAAUAUAUUUUAUAGAUUUAUUUAUGAAACAGAGCAUCACAAUGGCAUAGCAGAAUUACUGGAAAUAUUGGGAAGUAUAAUUAAUGGAUUUGCCUUACCACUAAAAGAAGAGCACAAGAUCUUCCUAUUGAAGGUGUUGCUACCUUUGCACAAAGUGAAAUCUCUCAGUGUCUACCAUCCGCAGCUGGCGUAUUGUGUCGUGCAGUUUCUAGAGAAGGACAGCACCCUCACUGAACCAGUGGUAAUGGCACUUCUCAAAUACUGGCCAAAGACUCACAGUCCAAAAGAAGUAAUGUUCUUGAAUGAAUUAGAAGAAAUCUUAGAUGUCAUUGAACCCUCAGAAUUUGUGAAGAUCAUGGAGCCUCUCUUCCGGCAGUUAGCCAAGUGCGUUUCCAGCCCACACUUCCAGGUGGCGGAGCGAGCGCUGUACUACUGGAAUAAUGAAUACAUUAUGAGUUUAAUUAGUGACAACGCAGCAAAGAUUCUGCCCAUCAUGUUUCCAUCUUUGUACCGCAACUCGAAGACCCAUUGGAACAAGACAAUACACGGCUUGAUAUACAAUGCCCUGAAACUCUUCAUGGAAAUGAACCAAAAAUUGUUUGAUGACUGCACGCAACAGUUUAAAGCAGAGAAACUGAAAGAGAAGCUAAAGAUGAAAGAGCGAGAAGAAGCAUGGGUUAAAAUAGAAAAUCUAGCCAAAGCGAAUCCCCAGUACGCAGUGUAUAGUCAAGCCAGCACCGUGAGCAUGCCGGUUGCCAUGGAGACAGAUGGGCCUGUGUUUGAAGAUGUGCAGAUGCUGAGAAAGACAGUGACCGAGGAGGCUCGUCAGGUAACAGGCACAGAGAGAUCUGAAGAAGGACCGUCCUCUUGCGCGCCGCAAGUCCGAGCUGCCUCAGGACCCUCACACCAAGAGAGCCUUGGAAGCCCACUGCAGAGCCGACGAGCUGCUCUCCCAGGACGGGCGCUAGCCGGGCCGGCGGCCGCCGUGCGGCGCGCUUCUGGGUUCUGUAGAAACACUGUCUGUGCCAUACCCGUCAGUUAUCCAGGCAACGCUUCCUUGGCCCGACCCGUAGGCAGUAACGCUCGCCCGCCUCAGCUCCAGACCAGGAGUUCAAACAAUGGUGGCUUCUCACCCUGUCAGCCAGCCAGGCCGCGGCGGUGUCCUCGGCGUCCGCUCGCCCCCGCGCAGCCUGCGUCCGGCUGACAGAGUCAGAGCCCUCGGAAAGCACCCUGUCACAUCCCCAUGUCCUGCCCGCACGGGACGGGAGCCUUUAAAGGAGGCCGUUCCGUGGCGAUGUUUUCAGACCAGAGGAACGCUUUCAGAAGCAUUACCUGUUUUUAAGACUUCAACCUCCGAAAUUGUUUGACGUGAUUGUUAGGCCCGCAUUUGUUUGCUCGACCUCACAGAAGUGGCUCUUUGCUUUCACGUUCUCACAGCCUGCUGGGAGAGUGACAGGACAGCCCUCAGCCGUGGGCACCUGCUAGGCGUGUCUUUUCUUUGGUUACGGCUUGUCCACCAUGUCCUCCUCUUAAGUCUACCGAAAGCCAUAUUUCCGAGUCUGUGGAACAGCUCCAGGAUUCCAGGGGUAAGCUCAAAGGAGAAAUGUGUUUCAAAAGAGCUUUCUUGUGUCUACCUUGACUGGAAUUGAAUUUUUAAAAUUAUGUGUUCAUAUUUUUAUUUGCAGAAUCAAUUUUUCAUCUAUUUACACAUGUUGCCCUUCAACAAGGCUCUUGAAUUAAUAAAAUUUUAUUGUCUAGGAGGCCCACAUUUUGUAGAGUUAGGAUCUGAGUUGAGCCAGCUCUUGGCCCAGUGCAGACUGCAGCGCCUUUGGGCGUCCAGUGCCGCACAGUGGCCAUGACGCGGUCCUCAGAGCCUAGAGGAAGCACUGGCGAGGGUGCGCGGGGUGGGCCUCCUCUGGGGAAGAGCACACUUCGCCAUCCUGUAAGGCAGGAACAGUGGGAGUCCCCAUCAGUCCUCAGUGCUGCUAUGUGUCCCCAGACCUCUUGCAUGGAGUUCGCUAUUGUCCAGAUGGAGAGCACAAGGAGCAAAACCUGUGACCUCGUGCUUUGUCCGUUCUGUAUUUCUCUCAGGGUGGCCAGUAUUGUGACAAACUAUCCUGCUUGAAAGCUACUUGAGGUGUGUACUGCUGUUCCGACAGUGGCUCUAGUUGCUUUUGUCUCUGGCAUACAUAUAACCUAAUGUCAAAUGUCUUGAUGCGAAAGAGGUAAAGCGUGGCUUCUUUUAGGAUCUGUGUUUUAAUCGUGGCCUCUGGUUAUCCGUGGAAGACUGUGGAGUCAGACAUGGGUCCUGUGCGGCUGCAGUGCCCUGCUGCCUGGGUUCCUUUACACCCACUGACGACGCUGAUUUCCCGGUGUCUUGAGGGAAAACCACCUGGGGGAGGGGAUCCCUCGGGUUGAGAGCAAGCGCAAGCACUGAAGCAAAAGAUAGCCCCAGCCGAAGUGGACAAGUCAGUCCACCUUGUGAGAACGCUUCCUGAAAAACUUGACAAGUAUCUAUCCAUUUUACCAUUACGAAAUCUAUGAUUUAAAAAAAAAGUUCAGAUGCCUUCUCCUUUUGAGGGAAAAAGGGUGCUUUUAUUGUAUAAAGCAGCGUCCUCCAUAUUUUGAUAAACCAUUGUUUGAACUUCCGUCUUUAGCUGGUAGGUUCUCACGUAUCCCUGAUCCUGGAUGUUCGGUAUGUUUGAGAGAAAGGUUUCUGGGAAGACUCUCCUUCUGCCCUAGGGGAAAAGCAAACUAUCAUUGUCCGGCUGGUUGUAAAGCUCGACGUGUAAGAACAUCUUUUGGUCUAGGUUUUAUUUCGGCUCUUUAUUGAAGAUAAACAUUCACCAAUGGGGGGGAGUUUUGAGAGAAACUAAUUUUAUUUGACAAGAGUAUUACUUGAUAUUUUGGCCUAUGGAAGUUUCCCUAGUUAGUACUCGGAUUCCCUGUGCUAAUUGUUCAACUUAUAUAUUAUUAUAUAGAGACACUGUUUAUUCUGUACCAAACUGAUUUCAGAAGUACUGCAUUGAAAAUAAACUGGUGACUGUUUUUCUUCAUAAAGCUCUGCGUGGCACCUCACUCUUUCCACAAGGUCCCUGUGCACCAGAAGUGUCCUGGUCCGAGUGUCUGUCCAGUGUGGCUGUAGUACGGCUUCCUUUUAAUACUGUACAUACAUUGUAUCUUUGUUUUAUGGUAAUAAGUAAUAAAAAUGUAGACUUCAUAUUUUGUACAAAAUGUCCUAUGUACAGAAUAAAAAGUUCAUAGAAACAGCAAAAGUAGGUAAGUGGCACAAUUAUUUUUCUUUAGAAAAUAUCUGUAACUUUAUGCUUCAGUGAAAUGUUAAGUACCUACAUAUUUUUUAACAUUUUGUAAUUCAAAACUUUUUUGUUUUGACAUUGUUUAUGAAGAUAAACUUCAUACACUUGCCAUUUAAUAUGCUCUUUUAUCUAAUUUUAAAAAUCUCUAAAAAAUGGUGUAUUAUAUGGACUAAAUAAAGAACAUGUGA